AUGGCUGAUUCUUCCUGUUCCAGUUCCCCAGUCUCCGCGACUUGCGCUUUAUGGAUGGCCUCCUCCGAAGUUGACCAGAAGGCCUUGGGCAAUUUUGCGGCCGCCAUGAGCCUCGAAAGCCCAUACCUCUCGGCAAUGUUAUACAAAGUGCUCGGCGUGUCUGUCAUGCUAUCGAAAAAGCUGCUUCGGGCCCGCAAACUCCGGCGGCUAGAUACAACACGCGAAACAAGGUCCCUCCAGCUGUACCACCACAUCAUAUGGCUCUCCCGUGAGGGCCUGCUAAUGUUAGAAGGCGCUAUUCUGCCAAUGGUGGACAUGUCUGUAGAACUGAAAGUCCUCUCCUACAAACUCCGCGCCUCAUUCUACCACAUUUUUGUCCUGUUCCACAAUCGCCCCGUCGUCCAAAUCGAUACUGAGCCUCCAGCUCGCUUCAAACAUGACUCAAUAUAUGGUUCGGACUCCUUAACCGCUCUGGACCCACCCGAUCCUCUCCAUCCAAAAUCGAUAUUCGCCUCCCGGCCCCCAGGCCUAUCCACAGUCCAACCAGUUCAGCCACCCCAACCAGCCUCCUCCUUUCUCCUCCCACCACUGGACUACACCGCCACAGCAACAGCCUGCUUCAACCAUGCCGCCACCCUCUCCGACAAACUUCUCCCAGGCUCCCACCCGCUCCGUUUGUCCGUCAAGCUCGAAUACGCCGCAUACCUCUAUGACUGCCUCCAAGACCCGGUCGCCUGCCGACGUCUGGCAAAACAAGCAAUCGCAGAUGUCUACAACGCCCAAGAAGGCAUGGACGACGAAGCCUUCGAAGAUGCAGCAGAGAUCGUCGGCGUACUAGGCAAGAUGGUCAAGCGCGGCGGCAAACUGGGGAGCAGUACCGCCGCCAGUAGCGUAUCACGCGGCGGUCAGUCACAGAGCCAAAGCAGAAGCAGUCGCAGUCCCAGCCAUCUCGAUACGAGCGUGCCUACCACUGUGUCUCCCGUUCCAGUUACGAAAUCCACACCUGCUCCUCCCUCCGUGUCCGGGAUGGAGCCCGCGGUCCCCAAUGCGAACAUGAUGAAUCCGAUUUAA